AUGGCGGCCGAGAUCCACUCCAGGCCGCAGAGCAGCCGCCCGGUGCUGCUGAGCAAGAUCGAGGGCCACCAGGACGCCGUCACCGCCGCGCUGCUCAUCCCCAAGGAGGACGGCGUGAUCACCGCCAGCGAGGACAGAACCAUCCGAGUAUGGCUGAAGAGGGACAGCGGCCAGUACUGGCCCAGCAUUUACCACACAUUGGCCUCUCCUUGCUCGGCUAUGACUUACCAUCAUGAUAGCAGGCGGAUAUUUGUGGGACAGGAUAAUGGAUCCGUCAUGGAAUUUCAUGUUUCUGAAGAUUUUAAUAAAAUGAACUUUAUCAGGACUUACCCAGCUCAUCAGAACCGGGUGUCUUCACUUAUCUUCAGCGUGGCCAUCGAGUGGGUGAUCAGUACCGGUCACGACAAGUGUGCCUGCUGGAUGUGCACCCGGACCGGGGACAUACUCGGGACACACCUCUUCCCCUCCUGGGCUUCGUGUUUGCAAUUCGAUUUUGAUACCCAGUAUGCUUUUGUUGGCGAUUUCUCUGGAAAUAUCACCCUGCUGAAGCUGGAAAGGGCCGCCUGCUCCCUUAUCACAACUCUCAAAGGGCAUGAAGGUGGUGUCACCUGCCUCUGGUGGGAUCCCAUCCAGCGGUUACUUUUCUCUGGAGCCUCUGACAACAGCAUCAUCAUGUGGGACAUCGGAGGAAGGAAGGGCCGCACGAUCCUGCUCCAGGGCCACCAUGACCGGGUGCAGUCGCUGUGUUACCUUCAGCUCACGAGGCAGCUCGUCUCCUGUUCCUCCGAUGGUGGGAUUGCUGUGUGGAACAUGGACGUUAACAGAGAAGAGGCUCCUCAGUGGUUAGAGAGUGAUUCAUGCCAGAAAUGUGAGCAGCCCUUUUUCUGGAACAUCAAGCAGAUGUGGGACACAAAGACACUGGGGUUGAGGCAGCACCACUGCAGGAAGUGUGGGCAGGCCGUCUGCGGGAAAUGCAGCAGCAAGCGCUCAACCUACCCCGUCAUGGGCUUUGAGUUCCAGGUCCGCAUGUGUGACUCCUGCUACGACUCCAUCAAGGAUGAGGAUCGGACUUCUCUAGCAACCUUUCAUGAAGGAAAACAUAACAUCUCCCACAUGUCCAUGGAUGUUGCCAGGGGACUGAUGGUGACCUGUGGGACCGAUCGCGUUGUAAAGAUAUGGGACAUGACACCCGUGGUGGGCUGCAGCCUGGCGACCGGCUUCUCUCCACACUGA